AUGGAACUCAAGCUAUUGAUCUAUGAUUUAGAAAUUAAUUAUUUACCAGGCAAAGAAAUGCAUAUUGCAGAUCUGUUGUCGAGAAAUUAUAUUAAUAAUGAAUUUGACAAGGAAAUUAAUAUUGAAGGAGUAGUACAUUCAAUUAAUAAUACUAUAAAUGUUUCGAAAAUAGCUGAGGCCACAAAGCAUGACCUAGUUCUAGUGAAAAUUUUAGAAUACUAUAAUGAAGGUUGGCCAAAGGAUAAAAAUAAGAUUAGUGGCGAUAUUCAACAUUAUUGGAGUCUUCGUAAUGAUAUUGUUGUUGAAAAAGGAGUUCUUUAUGUUAAAAAUAAAAUUAUUAUGCCUUACAGCCUGAGACGGUUAGCAUUACAGCAGUUACAUGAAGGACAUAAUGGUGUGAAUAAAACUGUACUUAGAGCUAAGCAGUUAGUGUACUGGCCUGGGUUGGAUAAUGAAAUAAAACAAUAUGUGUUGAGUUGCAAAAUUUGUGAUAGGUUUAAAAAUUCUAAUACAAAAGAGCCAUUACAGCAUCACCAAGUGGCUAAACUACCUUUUGAAAUUAUAAGUUCUGACAUAUUGACUUAUGGUGGUAAAGACUAUGUUGUUGUAUUUGAUCAUUAUUCAAAAUGGCUAGAAAUAAUCAAAAUAAAUUUUAAAACAGCUCAAGAAGUUAUACAACAGUUAAAAAAGAUCUUCAGUACACAUGGGUAUCCACAAACAAUAUAUUCUGAUAAUCAACCUUAUAGCUCUGAUGUAUUUAAGCAAUUUUGUGUAAUGUAUAAUAUAAAUUUACUAACGUCUAGUCCUAGAUACCCUCAAUCUAAUGGGACGGCAGAAAGAGCAGUACAAACUGCCAAACAAAUGCUUAGGAAAGCUGAUUUUGAAAAAAAAGAAAUACUAGACAUUUUGCUUGAGUAUAGGUGUACAACUUUACCACAGAUCGGAGCUUCACCUUGUGAAUUAGUCAUGAGUAGACUAUUAAGAACUAAGUUUCCAGUAAAUGAGAAUACUUUAAAACCUAAAAUUCAAGUUAAUGAUGAAAACAGAAUGUUAAACUAUCAAGCCAACUAUAAAGAAUAUUAUGAUAAAAGAACUAAAUCCAAAGAUGAGUUUAAUGCAAAUGAUGAUGUGGUUGUAAAUGAUGGAAGAGUAUGGUUACCUUGUAAAGUUUUAAGUAAAUUAGAUAAUUAUCCAAGGUCAUAUGUAGUCAAGCUACAAAAUGGGCAAAUAGUCAGGCGUACAUCAUAUCAUUUACGUCACACGAAGGGACAACACUAUGUUGAAAAUUAUGAAGACAAUGAUGAUAUAAUAUUAGGAGUAAGUAGUAAUGAAGAAGUGGUGAGUAAGGGAUCGAAUGGUGAAAUAACAAAAACAAAAGUUGGAAGAGUAGUUAAAAUACCAACCAAGCUAGAUAUUUAUGAUCUCAGUAAUUAA